AUGGCAGCCUUCGGUCCAAUCGAAGACGUCCAAUCCGUCCUCGAACAAUUCAUCGAAAACGUCUCCAAUCUCCCCGCUGAAUUAACACAUCUCUACGAAGAACUCUCAAACAAAGAUAAACGCGUCCACACUCUAAAACAGUCAAUCUCCCAAAAGGAUGCUUCCAUUCAACGUUUCAUCCGCCAGAAUGGUUCCCAAGUCCCGUACCCGAAGGAAGCUGCUUAUAACAAAGCUAUCGGCGAGGCUUUCAAAGAAAUAAGCGUAAUCCAGGAAGAGAAAUGUAAACUGGCGAAAAGAGCGACCGAGUUGAUCGAAAAACAUGUAAAACGGUUGGAUAUGAAGAUUCGAGAUUUACAGAGGGAAGGCCUCAUCAGCGAGGACUUCAUAACCCCACAAAUGAUAUCUCAAUAUGCUCCACCGACUCUCUCUGGCCCACCAUCCUCCAACAAUAGCGGCGCUAGCAUUGGUAACUCGGGUGGAAACAGCAUAACCGUCAGUGCUCUCCCCGGUCGCCACCCUCCAUCCCUUUCGAGCUCCAGAGCGGGCGGGAACAGCUCGGCCGGUGGAGGGAUGAGUACAGCAUCAACUUUAGAAGGUGUAUCAAGAACUCUGGCAGCAUCAGCUGAAGACCAGCUACUCCACACCUUAAAGGGAAUCUUACCCCCAGAUCCCAAACGUCGACGGUUAAACACCAAUGGCCCAGCCCCUGUCGGACCGUCCCCGUUAGCAAACGCCUCAAAUGCAAAUUCUGGUGUAAAUACCCCAACCCGUGGGCUUUCAUCACUAUCUCAAGGUCAGGCAUCAGCCAGGAGGAGUGGUCCACCACCCAAACCCGCUCGGCGUCCCACAGCUAGCGCUGCCCCCAAGAAGCAAAAGAACGAAGACGAUAUGGACGAAGACCACAGCGAUAGCGAUAAUGACGAGGAAGAGGAAGAUACUGGUGAAGAUCAGAAGCCGUACUGUGUUUGCCAGCAAGUUAGUUUUGGAAACAUGGUCGCUUGUGAUAAUAAAAGUUGUCCGUUCGAAUGGUUCCACUGGGGCUGUGUCGGCCUCACCAAAGAGCCAGCAGGCAGCUGGUUCUGCGACCACUGCACGAAACUAAGGAAUCAAAAAGGCGUCAAGAAGGAAUAG